CUCCCACAGGACAGACAGCACAAAGAUGAACGCAGGAAUAGCGGGUAUAAUUGUGGGUCUUCAGCUCUUUAUUCAGAUUGCAGCCACAGCCAAACUGGUAUGUUAUUUUACCAACUGGUCGCGAUACAGAACUGGUGUGGGGAAAUUCCUGCCAGAAAACAUAGACCCCUUCCUCUGUACCCACCUGGUUUAUGCCUUCGCCAUCAUCAACCAUGCUAAUGAGAUCACUGAGUAUGAGUGGAAUGAGAAAAGCCUCUAUACAUCAUUCACUGAGCUCAAAAACAGAAACCCCAGGCUGAAGACUUUACUGUCUGUCAGAGAGGGGAACGAUGGAUCUCAGUUUUCCACCAUGAUGUCCACUCAAGCCAACCGUCAGACAUUCAUCCAGUCUACUAUCAAAUUCCUGAGGACUCAUGGAUUUAAUGGUCUGGAUCUGGACUGGGAGUACCCUGGAUCUGAUGAACGUCCUCCAGAGGACAUACACAGGUUCACUCUGCUCUGCAAGGAGAUUUCAGAGGCCUAUGAAGCUGAGAGUAAAGGAAGCAGUAACACACAGCUGUUCCUCUCUGCAGCCAUGGCAGCACAAACAGAUGCUACUGAUACACGAUACGAGCUCUCUGUGAUGUCAGAGUACCUUGACUUUAUCAGUGUUAAGACUUUCGACGCCAAUGGUGGUCAAGAUAAAGUGACAGCCCACCACAGUUCACUCUACUCUGAAAACAAUGCUAACGCGGAUUAUGUUGUGCAGUUCUUGAUGAAGCAAGGAGCCCCAGCAGGAAAGUUAUUGCUGGGUUUUCCUACUCAUGCUCAUUCCUUCACACUUUCCACCACAGCAACAGGCCUGGGAGCCCCAGUCAGUGGCCCUGCCAAUCCGGGGCCCUUCACCCAGCAGAUUGGCCUCUGGUCAUACUAUGAGACGUGCUCCUUCCUGAGAGGCACCUCAGUGCACUGGAUUGAUGGUCAGAAAGUUCCCUACGCUGUCAAAGGCAGUCAGUGGGUCGGCUUUGAUAACCAGAGGAGCUAUGAUGCCAAGGUGGACUAUCUGAAGAGCAAGCAAAUGGGAGGAGCUGCUGUGUGGACUCUGGAUAUGGAUGACUUUUCUGGACAGUUCUGUGAACAGGGCAAAUAUCCACUGAUAUCACAAUUAAAACAUAAACUCAGUGAAGACUGGACAACACAAGAAACAACUCCUGCAGUGCUUCACCCCACAGACUCCUCCUCUCCAUCUGAGGGCACACAGCCCACACAGGACCCAGUCAUCACAGCCAAACUGGACACCAGCUGCUUUCAUAACAUCACCGUUGUGUAUCCUGUCAGCAGCUUCUGCACACGCAGAGCUGAUGGAUUGUAUGUAAGAUCAGACAAUCCAAAGACAUUCUACAGAUGUGUGCUGAGGAAGACAUAUGUCACAAAGUGCCACACCCUGGGAACAGAACACAGCAGUGGAGUGACAAUAAUCCCAUCACAGACUUUAGUUCUAGUUAGCUUCGUAACAGCCACUCAGCUACUUUUGUUUAGUGUGUGGACUCCAGGGGAUUUUGCUUUGUAUAGCCUUAGUGUACUGUAAAUAAAGCUCCUGGUUUGCUAUGAAAAAAAAACUUUUAAAGCUGGCAAACAGAACCAAAUACUUCUUUGACUUUGCAUAAGUCAAAGAAGUAUUUUUAUACAACCCAGAGUUCAGACACAUGUACACAGUAGCUGUCAUGAAUUGUCAUGAGAUUAUCACCGAGAGCUGUGAUUCAUGUAGGCCAGGGAUACUACUUGCUUUGCCUGGGGCCACCUCUGCAAAAUGACAGGAGGCCAGGGGGCAGUCACAGCAACCCGCAUAGGUCAGGCUUAGGCAGGGGCAUUUCUAAUAUUUGAGGUCAUUCAGGGUUUAGCCCGAACCUCUGUGGGAGGGUCCAGGGGGCUGAUAAGCUAGCUCUAUUUUGAUGGUUUUUAUGCACUCUGGUACCUUAUUUAUAUUUACAGUACAAGUUUGAUUGUAAAUCAGAAAAUGGUUGGGAGGGGCCACCUGGCACCCUGGGCCCUAAGUUGAGUAUCCCUGCUGUAAGCUAUGUAAUGACUAAUUUAUAUAAUCAUCAACUUACUGUAUUUAUUUGAUUAGGGCUACUUCAUCUGUAACUUUGGGGGAACAUUUGAGGCUUUAUAAAGAGUUGCAAGCGGUGAUGAGUCUGACCAGUAGAAAGACUUGAUUUAGCUUUAACUUUGACUUUACUGCUGCUCUGUUGUCAUGACAGUAACACCUCUAAAUCAUCAUUGUAAAAAUCCUUCAAGUCUGUUUGCUGCAGAAAAUGCAUUGGAGGGUUUUUGUGAAAACAAAUAUCUCUGCUUCAUGUUUUUUGUGCACUCACAGCAAUAUAAUCAAACUGGUUUUCAGAAGCAUAAUGGUACAGUUAAUAUAAUGCAGAGUAAACACAGUAAUGCUCUGUUCAGACUGCCUGGAAAAACGAAGAAAAGUAAAUAAUAAAAUGGAAUUAAAGUAAAUAAAAUGGUGGUUGGUUAUGGAGGGUGAGGAUGUAGUUUUCCUCUUGGUCAGGAGCUGAAUCAGUUACACUUGCUGUGAGAGAUACAAGAAGAAAAGGGUUGUAGGAUACACCAGUUCAGAGAGUGGCAUGUAACAGGCCUUACCUAAAAAGGUCACCCAGGGGUGCCAUAAAAAUGAUAUGCAGAAAGGGAUUAACCACCACAAUGUCUAUUUCAGGCUCAUGCAUGUACAUGUAAUAAACACAAAAAAAUGUGAAAUACCAAAACACCGAAAUAUGUUUUAAAGGACAGCAUGAGAGAUCAUCAUCACA